GUCGAGGAGGACAUUCUGCCGCCAACAUGAAUGGCAGAGGGGAUGUCUCUCAGCGCAAGGAGCCACCACCGCGACCUGCUCUCAUCACCCCAUCUGCCUCCCCUCCUGGCUCGCGGGCGCCUUCGCAACUGGGGUGGCGCAUCUCCGUGGACCGGCCACCACCCACGAAGCGACGGCGACUCGGGUCAACCCCAUCUAGUCCCUUUUCUGUCUCUACGCCUUCUUCGUCCACUGCAGAGACCGGCUUUGACAUACAUGAAAGCAGAAAAGCAGCCUCGCAGCGUCUCCUCAACACAUGGUCCUUGCUAGCGGAGCGGUACAAUCGCCCGCUAGACGAGGACGACAUCAUCGACCUCCGCGACGGGAGCCUCGUCAAGGAUCGCGGUGUGCUUCGCAAUGCGGCGAAGAAGUUUGAAUUCGCAGGCGACGACGUUCCGUCCGACACAAACGACGCGAGCAGCGACUAUGGCCUACACACGGACGACGACGUGGACGAAUUGGACGCAUUCGCGCCCGGGGCUGAUAUCUCAGGUGAGCUGGAACUCGAACGAGAGAAGCGACACAUCCCUCCGGUGCAAGCGAUGGACCCUGCCGACGCGCAAGAUCUACGUGAUUUUCUGGAGAUGGAACGGCUCCGGAAGGAGCAGUACGGCGACGAAGAGGACGAGGAGGAGGUCGUUCAUUUGAUGUCUCUGGAAAGCGCUACUGGCUCGCGCAGCAGCUCGGAAUGGCGGGGCUCGUCCCCUCGGGACGAGCGAGAAGUCGAGGACAAUGGCACCGAGGCUUCCGUUGUAUCCUACGAAGAUGACAAGAAUGAUGAGGAUGAUGUGCCUGAGCACCCUUGGCCAUCAUCGUCCGCUGGAACACCUGCUGAAGAGGAUGAAUCCGAAGAUGAAUUCGCCUCCUGGGAUUUCGAUACCACCACUCCCGUCAAGCCCUCGAAAGUCCCGCGUCCUCCCACACCUGACGAUGUCAUCGACCUCACCGAUUCGCCAACAACUUCUGCGUCGCAUACAACGGUAUCUCGUGGGCGCUCGAAGGCACCUGUUGACUUGGCGAACAAGCAAGCCGAACCUACGAGAGCGAACAGUAUCCGAACUCCUGCCACACAGAAGACUCCUACUGCGUCAGCGAAAGCCUCUCCCAACGUGAAAACGCCUGUUCGAACGAAGACCCCAGCCCGUAGGAAAGGCAGCAUGCCCCCACCACCUCUGCCUGUGGCCUCUACCAGGCAGCUGGCUACUCCCCCACCCUCGUCCUCUUCCGUUGUCGAAAGCACACCAGAGACCUGCGUCACUUACAUCGCAAAGAGCCUUUCACCUUCGCCGCCCCCCUCACCACCUCCGCCGCCCAAACCGAGGCCGAGGCCGCGUCCGCGAUACAAAAGUGUAUUAGCGUCAUCCAGUGGUACCGAUCCCGAGAGCCACCAGGCCGCACCCAGCGUGCGACACGCAGAGGAAGGCCUGAACGCGGUGACUCCGAAAGCCCACAAGUUCAGGCUCGUUCCAGAAGUAGUCAUCAAUGGACGAGAGCGUACGAUAAAGGUGCCGCCACGAGCCUCGUCUUCAAAACUCGAUGCGGAGCUGCACACAUUGGACGUAGAACCAUCACGCGUUGGAGCUGAAUCUUCGCGGAAGGGUAAGGCGAAAGAGACGAGCGAUCGUCGCACAAUCGUAGCCGAUGAUGUGGACCCUACGCAGGCUCAGUCUUCCAAAAAGGCCGCCAGCCUCGAUGCCAAUCAACAGGACUCCGACUCUGACGUCCCACUACCACCGAGGGCGCGCAAGCGCAAGCGUAUUUUGUCGUCAUCUUCUCUAUCAGGGGUGUCCGACAAGGAUGAUCCCUUUCCGACGAUCACACCGAUCGUCCCGUCUAGUGCACGCCCCAAAGAUGACGCCGGGCCGUCAUCUAGCCGUCGCACACCGAAGCCGAUGCGCAAACCAUUGCGGCGGACGGUCGACGACGACGAUAGCGAUGAUGCUGGACCUGAGCCUCCCCCUCCUCCCCCUCCUCCACGCGCACGUACACCGCAUAGGCUACCUCCCCAGCCAACCGAGUACCAAGGAGCCCCUCCGCCGUUGCCCUAUACACCGCGACAUCGUGACUCCUACGCCCCGUUCCCGCCCGCUGUCGGCCAUGACCCUGACGCUCAAAUGAAGUUCAUGCAGGCAGCGCACUAUUUAUCAUAUCUUAUGAGCGCGGCGGCAAGCCUGCCGCCUCCAACCGGAUACCCGCCUGGUUACCCACCGGUACCGUUCCCGCCUCAGGCGCCGCAAUGGCCACCUUGGACGCCGGUGCACCGAUCACAACGCUCACAGCGAGAUCGACAAUCAGACCUCUCGUCCUCAGACGCGGGUCCGUCGGGGUCUGCGUCAUCAUACCACACCCCGUCACAUCCACAUCCCUACCCGUUUACCUUUGACCCAUCCUACUCAAGCGCCUCGCUGCCUCCUUCGUCGCCUCCUGCGUCGUCAUCGGUACACUCGUCGCCGAUCGGGCGCUCGCCGUCUCUUGUAACGGGCCGGAGCAAGUCGAGAGGCCGGCGAGUGUCCUUCAAGCUCGACGGCAACGACAGACCUGUCCUUCCGUCUCCUCCUGCCAUGAGCGACGACGAGGAGCCGGGAGCCGAGAGGGGCGUCACGUCUCGCAGGCCUGAGGGCCAUGAGGCUGAUGCGAACGACCGGCCCGCCGCUGCGCGGAAGGCGAAGAGCAAGGUAUCUGGCCGAGCAAGCACACCAGCGGUGAAACCCAAUAAAGGCAAGGCAAGAGCUGACCUUGUGGAGGAAUCCGACGAACCCGAUAGCGACCGGGGCAGGAAGAGAGAGCGUGGUCGCACGCCCGGACCCCCCGCGCACCCAGAGCGGAGCGCAUCCGCCCGCAGUGCUGGGAGAAAGACGUGAAGGCGUGGUGGAUGUCGUACGAUGCUGCACGAUUAUCUUUACAUAUGUAGCUACUGCCGGUCUGCGCGUUGGGUAGGCAUGUAUUGCGUAUGUACCGACGCUGUACGCUGGAGAAGAGCUGUAUUAUUACGAUCGAAAUAAUGGCCGGCGGGGGGAUCGAAGGGGGAGAAAGGAUCACGCA